UAUUAAAAGAAAAGGACGCCCAAUGUGAAAGAGCUAUGUCAAAAUGUAUGCAGCAAACUGACACUAGGCAAUGUUAAUUAUAUUAUGUUAAUUGAGUCCUAGUAUUUUAAAAUAAUAAAAUCAUCGAUUAUCGACGAUGUCUGUGGAGCCCAUUAUGGUGUAGUUUUGUAUUCUUUUUGUCUAUAGAUUUUUUGUUCCUCUCUGUCAUACAAUUAUGUCGUAAGUAAAACAAAGACCGGGAUAAUCCGCGCAAGUUGAAACUUGUCAGUUAGGCCGCGACCGCGACCAUCGCGACAGAUUGUGAUACAUGUGCGCAGCGUAUUCAUUCGUUUGAUUAUUUCGUCUUGAUAAUAUAUUAGUCACAAAUCACUAACGUCAGUUCGAGUUCAGUUGUAAGAAAAUUCGAGCGUGAGGUAGUCGCAGAGUGCGCCUCGACAUUGUUAAAUUUAAAUAAAAUAUACUUAAGUAUAGUGAGUUAUGUUUUUAAAUGUGAAAUAAAUAUUUAACGUGGAGGGCCAACUUGAAAGUCUCGAUGUAUCAUUUAUGAAAUGGGUUUGUUUACACUUUUUAGUUGACUGAUGGUAGUUAAUUGUAGUUUUAGUUAGUGUACGUAGUAGAAAUUUGUAUAUUUAGUUUGAAAUCAAAACAUUGAUACUGAUGGAGGGAAUUCUCAAAUCCAAACUGCCGUUGUUGCUAGUGGCAUUCUGCUGGGGAGCGGCGGCGGGGCAGCCCAUAGAGUGCGACGGGUACCAGUACAACUGCACGGACGGCUACUACUGCGACAGCGUUGUGUUCAAGUGCCGCAAGUGCAUCAACUGCGCGGAAUUCAGCCGGAGCCCCCCGCUCGACCCCACCAAGAAAUGCAUCACAUCGGUCGUUGAUUGCGGAGUCUGCUUUGAAGGACUGACGGAAGGCGUGCAAGGGCUGCAGUGCGUGUCGGCGCCCGUGUCGACCGCCUAUGUGUGGGUGGCCAUCGCGCUGGGCGGCGUGCUGCUCUUCGUGGCCGCCGUCGCCAUCGUGGUCUACGUGCUGCGCAACACCGACACCUUCCGCGUCUUCGCCUCCAGCACGUCGCUGCAGCCGAGCUGCAGCAGCGGGCCGCCCGCGUCGGCGCCGGAGCCGCCGCCGCCCUACAACACGCUGUACACGCCGGUGCGCCCCGAGUCGCCCGCCGCGCCGCACCCGCCGCACCUCACUCACGAAGAAGCGGCGAGCCCGUUCAUAAAGCGGCCUCCGCCGCCGCCGCCGGCGCGCGAGCGGGCCGGCCAGCAGGCGGCCAACGUCUACAACAACCCCAGCUACGUGCGCGGCCCGCACCUGCCCGCCGACCAUCAGACGGCGGAGCGCGAGCCCGAGCCGGAGUUCCUGCACGACGAGAGCACCGCCGAGAGCCCGUGGCGGCCCGGCGACGUCGCCAACAACAACGCGCACGUCGACAAUUCGGAGUCCGGCAGCAGCAGCGGGGCGUCGCCCCCCGCGCCGCCGGGGGCGCCGCUGGGGGCGCAGCUGGCGGCCGCGCGCGGCGCCACGCUGCUGCGCGCGCCCGGCCAGGGCGGCACGCCCAGCAAGGUGCCCCGCCUGCGACAGGACACGAACAACAACAGGAACGGCCGCGAGCGCGAGGACGAGGAGACGCAGCCGCGUGCGGAUGCGGGCGCGGGCGCGGGCGCGGGCGGCGCCACCUUCAACAUCCUCGUCAACGUGCAGCAGCUCAACGACGUCAAGCUGUGAGCGGGGCCCGCCGCGGCAACGAUCCGGCUUUGCUCAAUACUGGUUUGCUCAACCUGACAUUUACGAAGCAUUUAACCGCUCAACGAGAUUACCUAGUUCUAUGUGUCCACACGCGCAUUGACGUCAGUAUUUUCUACCUCAAUUAA